CUGGAGGAGGCGGUGGAGGGCGGCGGCGCCGGCGGCGGAGGAGACGGACCAGGGGAAAGAAGGGAGAAGCCACACCCGCCGGCCAGGACGUCUUAGAGAUGGAGAAGGAGUUCAACCAGAUCGACAAGGCCGGCAGCUGGGCGGCCAUUUACCAGGAUAUUAGACAUGAAGCCAGUGACUUUCCCUGUAAAGUGGCCAAACUUCCCAAAAACAAAAAUCGAAACAGGUACAGAGAUGUCAGUCCCUUUGACCAUAGUCGAAUUAAGCUACACCACGAAGAUAAUGAUUAUAUAAAUGCUAGUUUGAUUAAAAUGGAAGAGGCCCAAAGAAGCUAUAUUCUCACUCAGGGCCCUCUGCCUAACACAUGUGGUCACUUUUGGGAGAUGGUUUGGGAACAGAAAAGCCGGGGAGUUGUCAUGCUUAACAGAGUGAUGGAAAAGGGAUCAUUAAAAUGUGCACAAUAUUGGCCACAAAAAGAAGAAAAGGAAAUGAUCUUCGAAGAUACAAAUUUGAAAUUAACAUUGAUUUCUGAAGAUAUAAAAUCAUAUUAUACAGUACGCCAGUUAGAAUUGGAAAACCUUACAACACAAGAAACUAGAGAAAUCCUACACUUUCACUAUACCACAUGGCCUGAUUUUGGAGUCCCUGAAUCUCCUGCCUCCUUCCUAAACUUUCUGUUUAAAGUUCGAGAGUCAGGGUCCUUGAGCCCUGAAUAUGGACCUAUUGUUGUACACUGCAGCGCUGGGAUUGGGAGAUCAGGAACAUUUUGUCUGGCUGACACAUGUCUGUUGCUGAUGGACAAGAGGAAAGAUCCUUCUUCUGUAGACAUUAAGCAGGUGCUUCUGGAAAUGCGGAAAUACAGAAUGGGGCUGAUCCAGACAGCAGACCAACUGCGUUUCUCUUAUCUGGCUGUUAUUGAAGGAGCCAAAUAUAUUAUGGGAGACUCUUCUGUUCAGGAGCAAUGGAAAGAGCUGUCCAAUGAGGAUUUGGAGCCACCUCCAGAGUAUACUCCCCCACCACCCAGACCACCAAAACGGAUAUUGGAACCACACAAUGGAAGAUGCAAAGAAUUCUUCCCAAACCACCAGUGGAAAAUGAAUGAGAUGGAAGCCAAAGAACAAGAUGGCCCUAUUAUAGAAGAAAGCAUAACUUCCUUAACUGUACCACUGACCACAGAAAGUCAAGACACUGGAGUUAGAAGGAGAACUGUUAGUGAACAUCAGAAUGCCACUUCCACCAAAGAAGAGCCAUCCCCAGAAGAGGAUGAAGACAAUAUGGCAACUACUUGGAAGCCCUUUCUAGUCAAUAUCUGUAUGUUCACUGUCCUCACAGCUGGAGCUUACCUCUGUUACAGGGGACCGCACCUUGUUGAUCUUCUCUGUUGAAGUGAAGCACAUUCUUCUGUUUAAGGACAGCUGUGGUUGCCUUAAGUCUCUUUACAAGCUAUCUCCAAUGCUAAGUAUUUGCUGUGUACUAAUGGUGUAGUUGAAGCAACAAGUAAAGCUCAAGCUCUUGGUGCCUUAAAAGGAAGAAAGGGCAAAUCCUUUCCCUUCUGAACAUCAGUUUCCCUUAUCCGUAAAAUGAAGACUCUGAGCUAAGGCUCAACCUUCCUUCUGUCUUUGACAUUUGGCCCUGUGUAAUAUGGAAAUGGAUCCACGAAACAGUCUUCUUUAAUGUGCUUUUAUAGCUUGGUUAUUUUGAAAUUAUAGUAAAUAUGUAUUCAGUUGAUGGAACAGAGGGCUUGCUAAGCUAAUAAGAUUUUCUUCCCCCCUGGAGAGUUAGUGUUUCUCUGCCUUGCUUUUCAGGACAAAAUUAAUUGCAUAACCACUUUGAGAUUUUUAUUGUUUUAAUUAAAACUUUACAGAAUUGAAUAUGUGAAGUCACAAAAAUAAAUAUCCAAUGAAAAUAAAAUCACAAAGUAUAUACAA